CCCUGCCCUGCCUGUGCUUAAGGUCCCCCCUCAGUCUCCCUGCCGCCACCACUGCUGCUGUCCCACCCACCGCUCACCAUGUCCAGUCUCCCGCACAAGACCUCCCUGCCCGAGGGCGUCCAGGCCGGCAACGUGCUGAGAAUCCGGGGUGUGGUCCCUGAAAAGGCUGGCAGGUUCCACGUGAACCUGCUGUGCAGCGAGGAGCCGGGCGCCGACGCCGCCCUGCACUUCAACCCGCGGCUGGACUUGUCCGAGGUGGUCUUCAACAGCCUGGAGCAGGGCGCCUGGGGCAAGGAGGAGCGCGGCCCGGGGCUGCCCUUCCGGCGCGGGCAGCCCUUCGAGGUGCUGCUCAUCGUCACCGGCGACGGCUACAAGGCCGUGGUCGGGGACGCGCAGUACCACCACUUUCGCCACCGCAUGCCGCCGGCGCGCGUGCGCCAGCUCGAGGUGGCCGGGGACGUGCAGCUGGACUCGGUGUGCGUGUUCUGA